AUGUCUCCUUUCAAAUUUCUCACGGUCUUCGUUCUCAUCGCCCUUUCAUUUCCCGGCCCCCAAAACAAGGCCUUGGCAGGCGGCACCAGCCGCCGGCUUCUGACUCCAACUAUCCCUCAAAUUCCAUGGAUUCCAAACUUCCCUGGAAUUCCGGGCGGCAUUCCCAAUUAUCCUGGAUUUCCGGGCAGCUCCCCAAAUUACGGAAACCCGAGGGACUUCCCGGGAAUUCCCACUGGUGGAAUACCGAAUUUACCUGGAUUCCCGGGAGGGUUCCCGGGGUCUACUUACCCUGGGAAUUUUCCAGGCGGACAGCCGAAUGAUCCGAAUGCACCUAUCUUGCCUCCCCCAGAAAUUACUAAAACUAGCCCUUGA